CAAUAUGAACAACACAAAAAGAUAUUUGGGAAAAUGAACAUAAAACACUGAAAAAUAUCAAUCCUACAGCGAUAGUAACGCUAAUAUUUAUAUUACCCAAGGUGUCGAUUUUACUAAUAAUUGGAGCGAUCCAAUCAAACUCAUGAAUAAAUCGUCGAAAUAAACGAGUACUUUCUGUGUGCCGAGCCAAAAUAGGCGGCUCGUUAAAAACGAAGAAACUUCCAUCACCAAGGGCAACCCCUUGCCAACACACGCCAACUCAACACUUGCUGCGGGGUGUAAAUAUGUCUCGGGCUCAGGCUGAACGCGUGAUUGAAACAAUUUUAAUAGAAUUAACGCAAAUGUGCUUGACAGGACCUUUGUCGGGGGACUCAGUGGAUUCCAUGGUGGAGAUGUGUGUUGUGCAGGACACAAGGGAUAUGUAUAAUGUUGAUCAGACACUGACCAACUAUGACAUGCAAAUAUUUAAAGAGAUCUGUACGGCGAGACGCACAACUGCAAGCAGUCCAUCCCUUGACACAAUCAAAAUGCAAGUGUAUUUUGAUAUGAAUUACUCUUCUCGACGGGAGUUCCUCAAGGAAAUCAACUGGAAGCUGGAAUCGAGACUUCACCAAGUGAGCAGGGACAUCACAGACAGCAGGGUCAAAACAAAAGAGCAGCUAGAUGUUCUUUAUCGUAAAAUCAUCACUUAUAUCCUGCUGGGCUCAGGCAUGGGCUCACCUUCAGAUGUCAACUCUGUACAAGAGGCAACAGUUGCCUUACAGAGCAUCUUUCCACCCACUGAAUUGGGAGCCUUCUCGAUGCUCUUAAAGAGCGAAAAGGAGCAGCAGCUCUCUGAACUCACCAUGACUGUCACAGGAAUUCGACUCUUCAACAAAGCCAGCAAGAAGGAUGAACAGGAGAUGAACUUCUCUGAACUAAUGCCUGCAGUUCUUUGUGAAGCACUGUCCGUCACCAAAGAAGCAAUCAAGAAGGAGCUGAUGGUCUCCCAGGAUUUGGCUUGGAAAUACACAGCACUGUUAGAAAAGUAUACAGACAGUCUGCCUGGAGAUUGUGACGUGUCUUUGGUUCAGCUCACACAGAUGCUGUACAAUGUCAGGCAGCAUGAACUUUUCCUUCAAAUACUACUGGCUGAUGCAGGCUUAAGUGCAAACAGAAUUGAAAUACUGCAGAAGGAUAUAUGCUCGCAGAUAAACCUUCUAAAAAACUCUGUGCAGCCGAAGACUGCUGUGCCCACAACCAAGGUUUUUCCAUUGUUCAAGGCCCUAUCAAAGUUGUGGUCAGAACUUCAGGACGAGGCAGAGCUGCUGAACAUCUUCAGCAACAUUGUACUCAGACUGCAGUCCUUCCUUACCUCUGAGGUCAAGAUUUUUUCCAAAAAUUCUUUAGACAGCUUGUUGGAGGGAUUAGAAGUAAAAACAGACGGACAAAGAAUAAACGAGUCAUCAUGUGAGCGCAUCGAUCAAGUACAGAUGAAGCAAAAUCAGUGGUUCCUGUUUGAAACUACUGACAGCCUCACUGGACUACCAUUACAGUAUAAUGGAUACUGUGGCUACACACUUGCGCAGAAAAAUGGAAUUCUUCUUCCAGGAAAUCCAUAUAUCGGAAUUCUCAAACACAAGGAGAAGAUGUAUGUCUUCAGUUCCAAAGAAGCUGCUGUGAAAUUUGUCCGCAGUCCAGAUCACUUCAUUGCACUGGUGACAGAGAGAGCCAAGGCUUCCCCUGAGCUGAUUAAACUACUCCAACUCCAUCAAAAUCCAACUUAUAAGAAGCAAGGAGAGGCAGUACUUACCAACCUUAAGUGUGAGGACUUCACACAGACUGAUGUCCACCCGAUGGAAGCAAACAUUGUCAAGUCAUAUGAAUGGAAUGAGUGGGAACUGCGAAGGAAAGCUAUCAAACUGGCUGAUCUUCGAACGACAGUCACACACUCAACGCAGACCCAUCUGAGCCACAUGAGACGGGAAAAUGACACUCAGACUUGGCUCCCCAAGGAGGUUGGCUGUCAAACUAAGAGAGAUGGUUCUACUGGUGUACCCAAACCUCAGAUAUUCUUGGCCGGCCUGAGAGGACAAAGGGGCGGCUGCAUGGAGAAAGUAGACCUUACCAGAUCUAUUGAUGAGGAAUAAACUUAGCCAAAUUUACUGGUGACUAAACAUCCAACAAUCCAUCCAUUUUCUACCGCUUGUCCCUCUCGCGGUUGCGGGGGGUGACUAAUCAUUGAUUGAACAAACUUAGGAAAUUGUAUUAAAUAAAUAAAAAAAUUGUCUGUAUCAACAAAUACCGAUCCUGAGUAUUAAAUUGGGCCAUCCCACCCUUAAGGAUCGAUAGCUACAGUCAGGGCAGGAAUUUCACGGCGGCCACGACAUUCAUGGCUCUCGUUGCCCCUCUGCUUGGCCGUGUGCCCCUCGAAAAAAUUACGUGCGCCUCGACGGACACAUUGUCAUGUCAUUACGGCAUAUUUGACCAAUGGUGGGUUUAACUCUGCUUCGUAUGAACCACCGGAGUCCCACACGCAGCACAGUGCUAUAGAACCAAAGCAUCACUGGGCCAAACAAGAGUGAAAGCCAACGCACACAGCAGCCUGCAAUCCAGAUGUGCGGAUGUCUCCAACUCCUCAAAGCCCAAUGCACUGAUUGAAGAAGUCAGAUGAGCUAAGUUAAGGUAAGAAAGUUUGAUACAUUUAUUAAGAGCAUAAGAAAACAAACUCCAAACAUGCAAUAUGUAACACACUGUUACGUAUUUAGCAACGCAACGCAACAAUGUGUGCAGGUUUUGUAGUUUUCUCUAACCCACUCGACUAUGCUAGUUUUAUGUGAAUGAAAACAUAGCCGUAUUUACCAUUGAGGACCCCAAGGUCAUGUCCUCUGUAUUCUUUAAGUGACAAAAGAGAACAUGAUAUGACUGACUGCAAAUAUACCCGUAUUUUUCGGACUAUAAAUCGCAGUUUUGUUCAUAGUUUGGCCGGGGGUACAACUUAUACUCGGAGCGACUUAUGUGUGAAAUUAUUAACACAUUACUGUAAAAUAUCAAAUAAUAUUAUUUAGCUCAUUCACGUAAGAGACUAGACGUAUAAGAUUUCAUGGGAUUUAGCGAUUAGGAGUGACAGAUUGUUUGGUAAACGUAUAGCAUGUUCUAUAUGUUAUAAUUAUUUGAAUGACUCUUACCAUAAUAUGUAACGUUAACAUACCAGGCACGUUCUCAGUUGGUUAUUUAUGCAUCAUAUAACGUACACUUAUUCAGCCUGUUGUUCACUAUUCUUUAAUUAUUUUAAAUUGCCUUUCAAAUGUCUAUUCUUGGUGUUGGGUUUUAUCAAAUAAAUUUCCCCAAAAAAUGCGACUUAUACUCCAGUGCGACUUAUAUAUGUUUUUUUCCUUCUUUAUUAUGCAUUUUCGGCAGGUGCGACUUAUACUCCGGUGCGCCUUAUACUCCGAAAAAUAUGGUACUUUGCGUCGGACAUUGUGUGCGCUGUACAUCACCAUGCGGUAGAUCCUCUAUCAAUAUACGAUCCUUGGUCAUGCACAGCCUGUUACAACUCCAGACAACGUAACGCAAUUAAGUACUUUAAACAUUAUCCGAUCCAAAAUUUGCUGUCAACAUUACAUUAACAUUAAAGUAUACUGACGUUACUAAUGUUGGUUCCACCUGAAUGAAAUUGAUGUGAAACGCUGACGGUAUAAUACUAAUGCCAUGUCAGUCAAUUGCCGCGCCGCCCUAAACGCAGAACACGAGCUUCGUCCGUAGGGGGCCCCGUUCUGUGUGAAGAAGCGCAUGUCAAAUGUAAAUUAUUGAACGACAAAGCGCUUCAUAUAAAAUUUUACCCCAAAUGUAUUCCUGGCCACAUCAGGCUCUGUUGCUGAUUGGUGCAUCUCAUGGUGCAUCUCAUGGUGCAUCUCAUGGUGCAUCUCAUGGCGCAUCUCAUGGUCUCUAGAACUUGAAAUUCAAAGCACAAGGUCUUGGGUUCAAACCCAUUUUGGAGAUGAAAUGUUCUAAAGUUUUUAAACGUAUGUCUUAUCCAUCCAUCCAUUUUCUACUGUUGUCCCUCUCGGAGUUGCGGGGGGGUUGGAGCCUAUGCCAGCUGGAUCCUAGCGGAAGGCGGAGUACACCCUGGACAAGUUGCCACCUCAUGGCAGGAACUUAUGUUUAAAUGAUGUUAAAAGUGUUUAACACGCUAUAAACUUCAUUCAGCGUAGUAAUAAAAAUAAAAAUAAAUAGUUUAUUGUGUUGCUCAAGGCAAUAUUAUUCAUAUGGUGUUGGGAUACACAUGAUUUCAGCCUUUCAAAGCUCCUCUUGAAUCACUUAUUUUUGACCUCGGUGUUUGUCAACUCCUGGUUAUGGUCCUGAAAACCGCAUAAUAAAAACACUCCGGGCCGUGCACUAAAUAAUAUAAAGUCCCAACAUUGUUACGGCUCAGGCUCCUGCCAACGCCUCUCAUCCGUCUGUGUGCUCCAGUGAGCGCACCUCGGGACACGCCCACGGGCGCGCACAUCCAGGAGCGCGCAGUGCGCGUCUCCGCCCCGCGGCAGCCGCCAGCUGCAAACGAUCACCGGCUAUCAGCACACCUGCACGUAAUGAAGGACCUGCCUUCAUAAGCUCGCAUAACCUGUGUAAUAUAUUGGGUUGGAGGCAAUAAACAGGCGAGGAGAUGAAGUACGUCUCUUUACUGUAGACUUCCAGAAACAGACUCAACACACGUGACGUCAGGUGCGCAACACCACGUAAAUCGUUGGCCAACCAAAAAGUAACCCCAGUACGCUAUAGCCAAUAUUCACCAGGAGAUGGCAACAGACAAACAUAGAUCACUCUAUUACAUUCCUCCCCUUUUAGAAAUGUAGAAAUUACUCAAAAGAAAUACACAACCCAACCAAAAAAUGCAGCAGUUCAAUUUAAAAAACUGUACUGAAACCACAUUCUUUUUUUUUUAGUACUGAACUCUUAACCCUCAUUUGUCAACAAUAACGUACGUAUUAUACAAAACAGUAUUUGUACACCUUUAACACAUAUUUUUAUACUGUCUUCAGAGAUUCAGUUUUUUUGGUGGUACUCGAAACCUUUCUGGGUACCUGCGGAUCACUGGUGGGGUUUUCGUUGUGGGUGAUCUGGGUUCUGAUGAUGGCAACUCAGCAGCCCUUGAAUCUGGUUCAGUGAUGAGACUAGUUUGUGUCUGACUCACUGAUGGUCCUGGUGAUGGAACUGAAACAGCACUGUCCAGUUGUACUGAUGGUACAUUUUCUGCAACUGGUGGAGACAAGAUAACUGGCAGUCUCUCCAUGUUCUCUCGCCAUGGUAACAUGUGAUCCACAUGCACUGUGCGCUGUCUCUGUCCCUCUUGGAUCAGGUAAGUGACAGUUCCCAGUCUUUUCAGUAUUUUUGCCUGAAUCCAUUUUUCCACUCCGCCCCUGAAAUUUCUGAUGCGAACCACCUCUCCCUCCAGGAAAAAGCGAACAGGGGGAGCCCUUUUGUCAUGAUGAUGCUUCUGCGCUGCUUGUUUUCCUUCUAUCUGUCUGGCAAGCUCCGGCUUAAGCAAACUGAAACGAGUUCUCAACUGGCGUUUCAGGAAUAACUCAGCUGGAGUACGUCCCGUCACUGUGUGGGGUGUGCUGCGGUACAUGAGAAGGAAAUUUGCAAGUCUGUGAUUGAGUGGCAAGGAAGACUUGCUGUCUGCUUCCAGCACAUUCUUCCUCAGAGCCCGUUUCAGGAUUUGUACUGAUCUCUCUGCUGCUCCAUUUGAUGCUGGGUGGUAAGCCGGUACAGCAGUGUGUUUUACUCCAUUACUCUCCAGGAACUGAGUAAACUAUUUUGCCACCAGUUGUGGGCCAUUGUCUGAAACUAGCUCUUCUGGCAGUCCAUACGAUGCAAA